AUGCUUCUCUGGGCGGCAGCAGUCCGUCGCGGCGCCGCGCCGUCGAUAUGCUACCAUGCAUUAUUCAGUCUUUCACAGCCCGCCCGUCUUACAUGUCCGAAUAUUAGAGGGCAAAUGCGCACAUUUGGUUCAAGAGGUAACACCUCAAAGAAACAUAACGCUCAGGACCCUUUGUCGAAAAAAAAUUCCCAUCCGUUUUCCGAACCUUCCUCUCAGAUUUCCAAGGGUAGAGACCACACAGUAAUUCAGAAAGAUAUGAAAGGCGUACCUGAAUCGAAAACGACGAGAACCUCAGACAUUCUCAAUGAUACUAUCGUUAACACAAAGGAACAGAGAAAGGCAGACUGGGCAAUUAUGAAGGAGAUGGCCAAGUACCUAUGGCCUAAGGACGAUUUAGGCACCAAAGCUCGAGUUGGAGUAGCGUUGACUCUCUUAGUGGGAGGAAAGAUUCUUAAUGUUGAAGUCCCCUUCUACUUCAAAAGUAUUGUCGACUCAAUGAAUAUCGACUUUGCAGCCGUUGGGGGCACAGCAUGGACGGUUGCAGGGUCAAUGCUUAUCGCUUAUGGUGCAUCCAGAAUCGGAGCAACGCUGUUCCAAGAGCUCCGGAAUGCCGUCUUUGCAAGUGUUGCGCAGAAGACUAUCAGACGGGUUGCCCGGAAUGUAUUUGAUCAUCUCCUUCGGCUGGAUCUGAACUUCCAUUUGACCCGCCAAACUGGCGGUCUCACUCGUGCCAUAGACAGAGGAACAAAAGGAAUAAGUUUCCUUCUUACCUCAAUGGUGUUCCAUAUCUUCCCGACAGCGCUAGAGAUAUCUCUAGUUUGUGGCAUCUUGACCUAUCAAUAUGGACCGAAAUUUGCUGCCAUUACCGCCUUGACUAUGAUGGCCUAUACUGCGUUUACGAUUACAACAACUGCUUGGCGGACGAAAUUCCGGAAGAAGGCUAAUGCAGCCGAUAAUCAAGCCGCUACCAUAGCGGUGGACUCAUUAAUCAACUAUGAGGCCGUAAAACAUUUUAACAACGAAAAGUUUGAGGUUUCGAGAUACGACCAGGCAUUAAAAGGAUAUGAAGAUGCCUCAAUAAAAGUCUCCACGUCUCUGGCUUUUCUCAACUCGGGCCAGAAUGUUAUAUUUUCCGGUGCGCUCGCGGGAAUGAUGUACUUGGCUGCGACCGGAGUUGCUGGUGGACAACUGACGGUAGGGGACUUAGUCAUGGUUAACCAGCUCGUUUUCCAGCUAUCGGUACCGUUGAAUUUCCUGGGGUCUGUGUACAGAGAACUGAGACAGUCCUUGCUAGACAUGGAAACCCUUUUUAAUCUUCAAAGGGUCAACAUUAACGUUAAGGAAAAGCCCGAUAACAAACCACUGCAGCUCACUCGCGGUGGAGAGAUUAGAUUUGAAAACGUAACUUUCGCUUACCAUCCCGACCGUGCAGUUCUGAAGGGGGUCAGCUUCACAAUCUCGCCGGGCCAAAAAUUCGCCAUCGUUGGUCCCAGCGGGUGCGGAAAGUCAACAAUAUUGCGGCUCUUGUUUCGGUUCUAUGACGUCCAAGAGGGCAGGAUUUUGAUCGACGGCCAGGAUAUUCGUGACGUCUCCCUAGAUAGUUUAAGGAGAGCCAUCGGGGUAGUUCCGCAAGACACGCCUCUUUUCAACAACACCAUCGAACACAACCUCCGGUAUGGUAGGAUAGAUGCAGCUGAAGAGGAAGUCCGAAAUGCAGCACGACGAGCACACUUCCAUGAGCUCGUUGAGUGCCUUCCUGAAGGCUACAACACACCAGUGGGUGAACGUGGAAUGAUGAUAUCAGGAGGCGAAAAGCAGCGCCUGGCAGUUGCGCGUCUGCUUCUCAAAGAUCCGCCUCUUCUAUUUUUCGAUGAAGCGACUUCCGCCCUAGACACAUAUACCGAGCAAGCGUUGCUCCAAAACAUCAAUAGUAUUCUGAAGGACAAGGGAAGAACGAGCGUGUUUGUAGCACAUCGCCUGCGUACCAUAUAUGAUAGCGAUCAAAUCCUGGUGUUGAAAGACGGCAAGGUUGCUGAGAGCGGAACACAUGGUGAGCUGCUAAGCAUGAAUGGGGUUUAUGCGGAAUUAUGGAAAGCACAGGAGAGGUCUCUAGCACAAGAUAUCGAUAUUGAAAUUGAGGAGAUUGAAGCAGCACUUGAGGAACCAGGAGACGUGGAGGCUAUGAAAGAUCCUAAUCAAUCAUAG